AUGGCGCAAAGCGAUGCCUUUCCGAACGAAAUUUCUACGUUGACCAAAUCCCAAGGUCCCCCAACAAACCGGCACCGCAUCGUCGCCAAGUCUAGUCCGAUUUUCAGAACGUGGCCGUUCUUAGACGAAAACAGUGUUUUACACUGGUACCAUCGCCGUUUUCGUCAUGCCAACCGUGAAGUCAUCGUGAAUGAAAUUCGUCAACGCUUCGAGAUUGGUAAACUCCGAUCGCUCGUUAUGAAAGUGGCAAAAAAAUGCACCUGGUGUCAUGUAAUGAAAGCAGUUCCCAGAUCACCAGCCAUGGCUCCGCUCCCAGAGAUGCGACUAUCAGCAUUCGUACGACCGUUUACAUAUGUCGGCUUGGAUUAUUUUGGCCCUGUACUGGUCAAGGUCGGCAGAAACAACAUCAAGCGCUGGGUGGCGCUCUUCACUUGCCUGACACUGAGAGCUGUACAUAUGGAAGUUGUACAUUCUCUGAGCACCGUGUCCUGUAUUAUGGCAGUACGACGAUUCGUGUCACGCCGAGGACCACCACGUGAGGUAUGGACAGACAACGCGACUUGUUUUCACGGGGCGAGCAACGAACUUAAGUCCGCUCAAACAAGCUGGAAAUUUAUUCCACCGGCAUCCCCACACAUGGGUGGUGCGUGGGAGAGACUUGUACGCUCGGUGAAAGAAGCUGUCGGUACGAUCUGGGAGGCACCUCGUAAACCGGACGACGAAACGUUUGAAACCAUUCUUUACGAGGCGGAAGCCAUGAUAAACUCGAGACCAUUAACAUACAUACCAUUAUCGAGCGACCCUUCGCAACAGCUGGAAGUUAGCACAACAUAUUACGGACCAGUUCUGGGUGCGGUGACUGAAGGAGUAUCUGCCGAUCAUCACGCGGAGAUGCAAAUGGUUCGAAGAAGUCAAAGACCUGGAAGUUGGCGAUCUGGUGCUGGUGGCUGGCGAAACUGCGAGGAACCAGUGAAUUCGGGGACGAAUAGCGGAAGUAAUCCUGGGACGGGAUGGUCGAGUUCGGCAGGCACUAGUACGGACAUCGUCGGGAACCUUACGAAGACCAGCUACAAGAUUGGCUGUUUUGGAUGUCGUGAAGUGUCGUGA